CGCGACUUGACGGUUGCUGACCCUCAGUGGUGGAAGGAGACACAGUGUGGAAAAUGGUGGUCGUGAUGAGUGACACGCUCACACUGGCAGUGCAGACACCAGGAGAAGGGCUCAGCGUGGUCGUCGUGGUCACAGUAACCGUGGGAGGAGUAUAGGGAGUCUGGACAGUGACAGUUGUCUGGGGAUCCAAGAUAGUGACAGUGCGCGUGCUGUCCUUUGUCCAGGUUAGGGUGUUGGUGGUGUGUCCAGCAGCCGUUACAGUAUCAGUUGCGGUCGGCAUGGAUGACUCGGUCGUUGUGGUUGUCAUCUUAACAUGGAUCGUCGGCACCUCAGUCGUUGUCUCCUUGCUGAUAAUGGACUCUUUAUAAGACACCGGCGCGGACUGCGUUAUGCUAGACGAGAUGCUGCUGAGUGACGUGGUGACAGUACGAGUGCUGAGGGUAUGUGCGCUGCUCAUCUCGGGUGAACUGGCAGUAAUGGCAUCAUUGCUAGUUACAGUUGUUUCGAAAGUAGUAGUCAAGCUAGUGGUGCAGUUAUCACUGCUGGUAGUGAAUGUCACUGCUGUUGUGGCAGUGUUCCAUCCGGAGUAAGUAGACAACCGUUGAGGAAUAGAGCCAGU